AUGACAAAUUUCACACUGAGGCCUUCACAGCCCACAACUACUGAACUUGACCCUGUGAUACCCCGGAGCAGCUGCCGCGGGGUCCCACGGACUCACGGGGACGCGCUGCACUCAUGGACAACUUCCCCGUGGAAAACAAACAAACAAACACACACACACCUUUCCCGGAGCGGGGAGGGAGGACGAAGCCACGCCGUCCCCGCGGACCGCAGCUCCGCGUCGCCCUCGCUGUCACCGAGCCUCCCCGCUCACCUCCGACGCUACGCCCUCCGCCACCCCGGGCAUCAUGCGCCCUCCCGGUCCCGCCUCCGGACGGGCUCCGAUCGCCCCCUCCCGGGAUCCGCCCUGCCGGGUCGAAGGGAACCCGAGGGAGACCUGCCCGGGACCGGGGGCGGGCGGUGUGGACCCCGGCGGCUUCGGGAUGCGCGAAGCCGCUGCUGCUGGCAGAGUAGCGCGUUCGAGGGUAACCGUAUCCUGGGCUGCAUCAAAAGAAGCGUGGCCAGCAGGCUGAGGAAGGGGAUCCUGCCCCUCUAUUCCUCUCUUGUGAGACCCCACCUGGAAUAUUGUGUCCAGUUCUGGAAUCCUCAACAUGAGGAGGAUAUGGAAGUGUUGGAACGGGUCCAGAGAAGGGCUACAAGGAUGAUCGGAGGGCUGGAGCCCCUCCCAUACGAAAACAGGCUGCGAGAGUUGGGCUUGUUCAGCCUGGAGAAAAGAAGGCUCGGAGGAGAUCUUAUAACGACCUUCCAGUACCUGAGGGGGCUACAAGAAAGCUGGGGAGGGGCUAUUCAUAAAGGCUUGUGGUGAUAGGAUGAGGAGGAACCAGUAUAAACUGGAGAGGGGAAGAUUUAGACUAGACAUUAGGAAAAAUUUCUUCCCAAUAAGAGUGGUGAGACACUGGCACAGGUUGCCCAGGAAAGCUGUGGAUGCCCCAUCCCUGGAGGUGUCCAAGGCCAGGUUGGAUGGGGCCUUGGGCAGCCUAAUCUGGUGGCAUGUCUAGUGGGUUGGAACUGGAUGAUCUUAAGGUCCCUUCCAACCCUAACUAUUCUAUGAUUCUAUGAUUUUAAACGGCUUUUUUUUUUCUGUAAGGCUUUCCCUCCCUUCCUUCCCCCCCCUCCCCCGGCCUCACUCUCUCCUCCUCACUUCCAGGAAUGUCUCUUCUACACCCCACAGCUGGUGGGGAGCAUGUGAUCUUGUUGGAAAACGUUAAUUUAGCUGAAGAAUUAUGGCUCAAUUAAAAUAAGAUUAAAAUUAUAGGUUAUGUAUAUUGUAUUUAGCAUUUGAUAUAUAUUGUGUUUAGCAUUUAAUUUUGUUGAUCUUUAUAGAUAAGUAUGUGCAGACUUUGUGUCUGUCUCUGCAGACAGUGAUGGUUUUCUCAAAAACCACAUAAUCUUCACAAGUAUGGUAUUAGGGAGUACUUAGAAGGAAUAUACUAACAACCUUAUCCGAGCAGAGCCUACUCUUUUACUAACAACCUUAUCUGAACACAGCCUACAUUUGUGAAGGCCAGAAGCAUACCAAGGGUAGUCGAGUGAAGAUAAGGAAAUGCUGGUGUCCACACAAAUGAUGAGACAAUCCUCAAAUACAUGUGCAUGAAGAAAUGAUGUAAUCUGUUGAAUAUACAUUAGAUUGUGAAACACUUAAGGGUUAAAUUGCAAGCGCCGGGAUCGUCUUGGAACCUGAUUUGGGUGUGCAUACCCCUGGUUCCUGGGGCCUCGAAAUAAAGCACCACAUAUAACCUUCCUGGAAUGGUUAUGUGGUUGUCUCUACGCUAACAAUCUGAUCCACGCUUUUUCAUCCCUAUUUUACAUGCUCUCAGGCUGGGAUAGAUCAAGGGGAGCGCAAGUCACAAUACAUGUGAUGAUACCCCAAACAAAAGGCAAAUAAACACUCUAAUACUAGUUUUGGAGUUUCAGAAAGCAAGUAUCCUUUAUUACAGCACCAGGCACAACGGAGAUAAUUCCAUCAAUCAUGCGUAAUGAGACAAAACAGGUUACAGAAUAUUUUUCCCAUCUACAUGCACAAGUAUAACAUUUCCCAGAAGCCUUAUGCAUAUUCUAUUACUUUCCAAGGACUAAUUUUAAUGCUAUUAUGGACUUCACAACAGCCACUGAUUGUGUCAUUUCUCUGUCUGACCACAUGGACAUGAUUACAGAAGACUCAUCUGUUCAGUACAUAUCAUACUCUACACAAGGUGUUAUCAUUACUUAAUAGAGCAAUGUCUAGAAAAAACACUGUUUGAAAAAAAACAUGCUAUCAUAGAAUGGUUUGGCUUGGAAUGGACCUUAAAGAUAAUCCAGUUCCACCCACCUGCCAUGGGCAGGGACACAUCCCAUCAGACCAGGCUGCUUAGGAUCCCAUCCAGCCUGGCCUUGAACACCUCCAGGGAUGGCGCAUCCACAACUUCCCUGGGCAACCUGUGCCAGUGCCUCACAACCUUCAUCAUGAAGAAUUUCUUCCUAAUGUCCAGUCUGUAUCUUCCCCCUUCCAAUUUAAAGCCAUUCCCACUCAUCCUAGCAGAGGGACAUUCUAUCUGUAACUUUCAAAAAAAUACAGUGACUUAAAUGAGACUUAACUGAAGUUAGAAAACUGAUUUUACUUUUGCUUAAACCAGAAUAUUCCACUUUUGCAGUUCUAACUACUUCUUGCCUCAG